GCAGAGAGCCGGCGGCCGGUCAAGGACUGUUUUCUGGCCGUCUUGUCGUCUCACGGGGACGAGGGCUGCGUGUUCGGAGCUGAUGGGAAACCCGUCCAACUGUCCCGUGUCUUCAAGUAUUUUGACAACGAAUACAUGGAGACGAAGGCCAAAGUGUUCCUCAUACAGGCCUGUCGGGGGUCGGGUCUGGAUGACGGCGUGGAGGUGGACUCAGCUGAUGACAUCACAGCGUGCAGCUUCUCUCAGCACCUGUCUGUCCCCGUGGACACAGCUGUGAUGUACGCCACGCCACCGGGUAAGACACCUGUCCAUCACCACGAAGAGCCUUUGUCUCUGUGCACCAGUGAGACUCCCAGCUAAGACCCUAAUGUCCUAAAAUCUGAGAAAUGUCCUUAAAUCUCAGAAAAAUCUUAAAAUCUUAAA